CUUUUUUAAAUUCUUUCAAAUGCACUAGUCUGAAAGAAUUGUAUUUAUUUUAAGCACGAAAAUGUGUUUACAGUGUAUUUUUUAGUACGAUUGAACGGAUUACCAGAUUUGCAAUAAAAAUCUCAUUUAUAUAUAUCGAAUAUUGGCCUUUCUUAUUGUUGGAUUUUAAUUGACUAACUAAAUCUUUGUUUGGUAGGUCGUGCUUACUCCCUCUUCUCAAACUUUUUGCCCCCAAAGAGUAUUUCAAAAUAUGGCAGCGAUGAGGUACAAACGCUCCCAAAUGAGUGGAGACAACCUUCAUGGACUAGUUAGACCACUUAUUAGUGAAUCUCAUCCAACAACCGUUGGAAGGAAUAAAGCGGUAAAAUCAAAGCUGUCACAGUCUGUUGACUGUUGGUUUAAUCAACAGAAUGCGGCUUUAACAAGAAUUGAACGUCUACAGCAAAAUGUUUACGUUGCAAUGGUCAGAUUAGCUGGAGAGCGAAAAAAGAUAGAAAGAAGAAUACGCUUAGAGGGAAUUGAACAGAAGGAAAAAGUUGAAAAUUGGUUGAAGGCUCAUCCCUUUAAUGGAAGUAACAAGAAUUCACCUAUUAAAAAUGAUUCAAUAGCGCAAGAGAAUAUGAGAAGAAGAAGACUUUUAGAAAUAAGGCGAAAAGAGCAACUAGAUAAUGAACUUCUUCCAUUGUAUAGGAAAGAUUCGACUGGUCGUUUGAUUAGCGAGGGUGUGUUUCAAAGAAAACAAUGGGAAGAACCGCCUUCAAAACGCAGAGAGGAAUAUAAAAGAAAAAAAUUACUUGAGAAAGAAACUGGCAUUAUAGACAACUUAGACUUGAAGAAAGAGACUUUAUACGAAAAUAUAUCUAAAUAUGAAACAGCCAAACCAUAUGUUAGGAAAGCAACACCUCCUCCAGUAGAGGAAGAAAAGAAUUUCAGAAGAGCAUCAAACGUUGGACUGACUUUGUCAACAAUGAUGAAAGUAUUUAAUUCCGAAAAAUGGCCCGAAGGCGUAGAUCCUAACUCUGUCCAAGGUUUAACCUUAUGUAGAUACAUUCGAUUAUAUGGAAAACAAAUGCCUAGAGAAGUCUCAGAGGUAUUCAAAAGAGCAUUAACGACUAUGAACAGGGAAGAGUCGAUAGAAUAACCUAUGUUUAUCAAGGUCUCUUUUUCUUUAAAUAAACAAAUAAUUACUUUUAGACUUAAA